CUUCCGUCAUUUUUGUCACUGUUGAUCAAAAUUUUGGUGUAUUUAAUAGGAAAAGACAAAGGAAGGUGAUCCGGGGAAUAAAGGGCUUUUGCAAAGAUGCCUUCUGAUGCCAAGAAAAAGAGAGAUCAGAAGAAGAAAGAGGCCGCCGAGAACAAAGGUAAAAAGAAGACCGACGAUUCCCAACAGAAUGGAGACACGGAAAACGGAAUCAGCAAUGGAGCAGAUAAAGAUGAUGAAAUGAAUGAGCUUGCUAAGGAAUUGGAGGAAGUGGAUGUGAAGGCCCAGUAUCGCUCUGUUACUGGGGUUCUGUUGUCACACCCUGACAGCAGAGAUGUUCAGCUCGGCAACGUGACUCUCACAUUUCAUGGAGCAGAACUCCUCUCGGACACUAAAAUAGAACUCAAUGUUGGCCGAAGAUACGGGUUAAUUGGACUCAACGGAUGUGGUAAAUCUUCGCUGUUGUGUGCUCUGGAGUUCAGAGAAUUACCUAUACCUGAACACGUAGAUAUCUAUCACCUCCGGCGAGAGAUUGAGCCCAGCGAUAAGACAGCUCUACAGUGUGUGAUAGAAGUAGACAAAGAGAAGCUGAUGUUGGAAAAAGAGGCUGAAAUUCUGGCCACGAGAGAGGAUCAUGAAUCUCAGGAGCGUUUGAUGGAUGUGUACGAACGCCUGGAUGACAUGGAUGCAGACAAAGCACAGGCGAAAGCCGGAUACAUCCUCCACGGUCUGGGCUUCACCAAAGAGAUGCAGAACACAGCGGCCAAACACUUCUCCGGAGGGUGGAGGAUGAGGAUAGCCCUGGCCCGGGCCCUUUAUAUCAAACCCUCACUAUUGCUACUAGAUGAGCCCACAAAUCACCUUGAUCUCGAUGCAUGUGUCUGGCUGGAAGAGGAACUCAAAACUUACAAAAGAAUAUUGGUGAUGAUUUCUCAUUCACAAGAUUUUAUGAAUGGAGUGUGUACAAACAUCAUCCACAUGGUUAGCAAGAAGCUGAAGUAUUAUGGAGGUAAUUAUGAUGCCUAUGUACAAACAAGGAUGGAGCUGGAAGAAAACCAGAUGAAGAGGUAUAAGUGGGAGCAGGAUCAAAUCUCACAUAUGAAGAACUAUAUAGCUCGUUUUGGACAUGGUAGUGCUAAAUUGGCUCGCCAGGCUCAAAGUAAAGAGAAGACACUGAAGAAGAUGGUGGACGGAGGUCUGACUGAGAGAGUCAGCAGGGAUAAGACAUUAACAUUUUACUUCCCUGACUGUGGCAAGUUACCUCCCCCUGUCAUCAUGGUUCAACAUGUCAGCUUCAGAUAUAAUGAGUCAAAGCCCUGGAUCUACAAGGACUUGGACUUUGGUAUGGAUUUAGACACCAGAGUAGCAUUAGUUGGUCCCAAUGGUGCAGGAAAGUCAACUCUUCUUAAACUUAUUGCAGGAGAGUUAAUACCCACAGAUGGAUUAGUAAGAAGGCAUUCUCACUUGAAGAUUGGGAGAUAUCACCAGCAUUUACAAGAACAACUUGACAUGAACAUGACAGCCUUAAAUUGGAUGAUGAAAUCUUUCCCAGAAAUUAAGGAGCGAGAGGAAAUGAGAAAGAUCAUUGGUCGAUACGGACUCUCAGGGCAACAACAGAUUGUGCCAAUGAAGAACUUGUCAGAUGGACAGAGAUGCAGGGUUAUCUUUGCCUGGUUGGCGUGGCAGAACCCUCACAUGUUGCUUCUGGACGAACCCACCAACCAUCUGGACAUUGAGACGAUCGACUCGCUAGCUGAUGCCAUUAAUGACUUUGAUGGUGGGCUGGUCCUCGUCAGUCACGACUUCAGGCUUAUAUCACAGGUUGUGGAUGAGAUUUGGAUCUGUGAGAAACAGACCGUUACAAAGUGGGAGGGGGACAUUUUUGAAUAUAAAGAAGCACUGGCCAAGAAAGUCCGCAAACAGAUCGCCAAAAUGAGGGACGGUUGACAACGUGCUUUAAUUAGCUUAAUUGUUUUUAUGAUUAAAUUAUUGCAUACUCUUUUUUUUCUUGGUUAAAAUUUUUUUUUUUUAACUGGUGCAUGUCUUUCAAAGGUAUUCUGUAUGAAUCAUGGCAAGAUGGUAUGCAAAGGAAAAAAGAGUAAAUGAUGUAUUUGGUCAGUAAUUGCUGUGUAUUGUUAAAAAAUUGUGAGAGCCACAUAGUGGAAAUCAGUGAUUUCAGAGAAAGAAAAAAAUAUGUACAGUUUAAAAGAAAUUGUUGCAUGAUAUUUUUAAAUUCAUGCUUUUUACACAUGCUUUAAUGUUCUAAGAUUGAACAAAAUGAAUUAUGAGAAUUUUUUGUCUCCAGUUUCUUGUCACCUUUAGAAAUUAUAUGCUCUUGUUUGGAGUGAUGAGAAAAUGAUGUAUUAUUACUACUAUUUAACUUGAUUAAGCUUUAUGUUACUGUUUUCAAUGCAUUACAGAUCGUUAAAAACACAAAAAAAAAACUGUAUUCAACCCGAGAUAUUUUUAAAAUUAAUACAACUGACCUGUGAAAAUUUAAAAAAAUUGAAGUACAUGUAAUUUACUAAAAUAUUUUGUUCUUUGGUUUGUUAAAAUUGCAUGCAACAACAAGAAACAUCUGUUAAAUGUUGCCAACAAUUAUAAAAGAUCUUGGAAAACUUGAA